GGUCGCGUUCGUCUGCUCCUGGAAAUAUCGUCCCCACAGUGAAGCCCCUUCGUCCUGGCGUUCGAAUUCCGAACACCAGAGAGUCGAACAAAAACAAGCGUGAUUCUAAGGAGUUCGGUCAGUCCGACAUGAGCAAGCCAGUGGUGAUCGUCAAGCAGGGUGCUCUUCGGGGUGUUGAGAUCCAGAGCGUUCUUGGGAAAGCUUUCAUCGCAUUUAGAGGAAUUCCUUACGCAGCCCCGCCGGUUGGCGACCUACGAUUCAGGGACCCACAACCGGCUGAGCCAUGGACGGGAAUACGAGACGCUUCGGAAGAAGGCUCGAAAUCUGCCCAAGAAUCCUACCUGGCCAAAGAAUCUAUAGUCGGCGGUGACGAUUGCCUCUAUCUGAACGUCGCCACCGAAUCUCUGACCGGGUCGAGGCCCGUCAUGGUUUGGAUUCACGGAGGAGCUUUUACCCUUGGAGACGGAGGCUUCGGUCUCUUCGGACCUGAUUACUUGAUGGAAUCUGCGGAUAUCGUUUACGUGGGUAUCAAUUACCGCCUCGGUAUUCUAGGGUUUCUAAACCUCGACGACGAGGUUGCCCCCGGAAAUAUGGGGCUGAAGGACCAAGUCGCGGCUCUGCAAUGGGUCAAGGAGAACAUCUCGCGGUUCGGCGGUGACCCGAACAACGUGACAAUUUUUGGAGAAAGUGCAGGAGCAGCUUCCGUUCAUUAUCUGCUCUUGUCACCGCUCGCGAAAGGUCUUUUCCACAAGGGCAUAGUCCAGAGUGGGGCAGUUUUGAAUCCUUGGGCGAAUAUCGAGGAAACUGUUUCGCACGCACGUCGUUUGGUUUCUAUGCUCGGAAAGGACUCGACGGACCCAAAAGAAAUCGUAGAGUUUCUGAGAACCGUGCCACUUUCGGAGCUCGUUACGGCGCAGCAGAGAAUGCUUACCGUGGAGGAUAAACAUUUUCUCAGGUACCAGUUCUUGCCAACGAUAGACAACAAAAGUAUCCGACCCUUCGUGCACACCGAUUCGUUCGAGGAAUUCGUGAACCAAGGUAUCGAUGUGCCCGUUAUCAUCGGACACACCAGUCACGAGGGAAUUUUUUUUUUGCACGAAAUAAAUGACGAACGAUACGCGAAACUGGAUGGUAACUUUGAGUCGAUGGUGCCCAAGGAAUUGGCUCGAAAGAGUCCCUCGAAAGUCGAGGAAAUCGCGCGAGCGAUUAGGGAUUACUAUUUUGGAGAUGAAAAGAUAAGCGCCGACCUGGUCGAUGACUACAUCCAGCUCACCGGGGACUAUUAUUUCGUCAGAGGGAUUCAGAAGGUGGUGGACGUUCAGAUGAAGAAGAAAUCGCCCAUGUACCUCUACCGAUUUUCAUAUUCCGGCGAGAGUUCUCUCUACAAGUCCAUGUUCGGACUGGAGAGUGCCAAGGGAGUGAUGCACUCUGAGGAAGUUGAGUAUCUGUUCUACGCCACCGUAUUCAAAGAACACGUCAAAUUAGAUCCAGACUCGAUCGAGGAGUUGGUGCGUCGCAGAUUCGUCAGGAUGUGGACCGAUUUCGCAAAGACCGGGAAUCCGACUCCGAUCGUCGACGAUCUGAUCACCGUGGAGUGGAAACCGGUGAACGGUUCUGCCAAAAACUACCUGGAUAUCGGCGCUGAACUUGUCGCCGGCAAAAACCUCGACGAAGACAAGUGGCAGGCUUGGAAACGCAUCGAGGCUAUUGCCGACAAUAAUCAGUGAAGAAAUCAUUCAUCGGCUCCGGAAGUUGACAGCUGUAGAAAAUUCGAACAGACACGACAAAUAUAAUUUUACCCAUUCCGGACGUAAUUUCGACACAUUAAUUGCUAUGCGUUAAUUGGAUUUAAAUUUCUCUCUGAAUGAAAUAAAAUCACAUGAGAAGGGUUUUCAUUCCUUGUUUCGUAAAGACAUGAUCAGAGACACUCAAAUAUGUAAAGAGCUGUAGCGCAAUUCAAGGAUCUUUCGUCUUACCUCCAAUCUCUCUCUUUUGCUUUGUUCCUUUCUUUUUUCGUUUUCUCUCUUCCCUCUGAGGAUGUUGUGUUGCCGAUGAUGUGGCCGCUUCGGUUGCCGUGUCUGGAACCCAAGAAAUCUGCAACAUGCUGUUAAUGUUUACUGUGAUCAUAAAUGCUGUGAUAUUUUUCUAUUAAUCAUCAUCCAUUCAACAAUGAGAGUCCGUUUUUUUGGCGUAGAAUUCAGUUGAUGAUCAAUCGCAUGAGGGUAGGCAAUGAAUUAUUAGGAGAGUGUGGUUGAUUCGAAAAUUUCCAAGUGACAACAUUAGAACUUAUCUCUCUACACGAAUGAGAAAAGCUUGUACCAUAGGAUCCGAUUUCUAGUUUUCAGUUGUUGUUCAAUUUUGUAAUAAGAUUCUGGUUCUCAAGAUCAAAAUACAGAGAAUUACUGCUUC